AUGCGUACCUCUGUUCUCGCGCUCGUGAUCGCCCCCACUGCCGUUCUCGGCCAGUCCCAGCUUUGGGGCCAGUGCGGUGGUAUUGGAUGGUCAGGGUCCACGACUUGUGUCUCAGGCUCAGUGUGCUCGAAAGUAAACGAUUAUUACUUCCAGUGUAUUCCUGGAUCGGGUGGCGGAUCUCCCACGACUACUGCUGGAGGCAGCAAUCCUGCUCCUACUCAAGGCACAGGGACCGGAGGUGGACUGAACGACAAGUUCAAGGCCAAGGGCAAGACCUACUUCGGAACAGAAAUCGACAACUACCAUCUGAACAACGCCCCUUUGAUGGCCAUCGCCAAAGAUAGCUUUGGCCAGGUCACUUGCGAGAAUUCCAUGAAGUGGGACGCAACUGAGCCGCAACGUGGAACGUUCAACUUCGGAAACGCUGAUAAGGUCGUCAGCUGGGCCACGUCGAACGGAAAGCUUAUCCGUGGCCACACCCUCCUCUGGCACAGCCAGUUGCCGAGCUGGGUCAGCCAGAUCAAUGACCGCACAACAUUGACGUCCGUCAUCCAGAACCAUGUGACCCAGAUGGUCACGCACUACAAGGGCAAGAUUCUCCAGUGGGACGUAGUCAAUGAGAUCUUCGCCGAAGAUGGUAACCUCCGAGACAGCGUCUUCAGCCGUGUGCUCGGGGAGGACUUCGUUGGCAUCGCCUUCCGUGCUGCUCGCGCCGCCGACCCCAACGCGAAGCUCUACAUCAAUGAUUAUAACCUUGACAUCGCGAAUUAUGCCAAGGUGACCAAGGGCAUGGUCGACCACGUCAACAAAUGGGUGUCGCAGGGCAUCCCCAUCGACGGCAUCGGGUCGCAGGCCCAUCUUGCGGCACCUGGUGGGUGGAACCCGGCGUCCGGCGUUCCCAACGCGCUCAAGACGCUGGCCGGCGCCAAUGUCAAAGAGAUCGCCAUCACCGAGCUCGACAUCAGCGGCGCGUCGCCAAACGACUACCUAACUGUUAUGAAUGGCUGUCUCGCCGUAUCCAAGUGCGUAGGUAUUACUGUUUGGGGGGUCUCCGACAAGGACAGCUGGCGCAGCAGCGACAGUCCUCUGCUAUUCGACAGCAAUUACAAGGCUAAGCAGGCGUACAAUACGCUUCUCAACGCGUUGUAAGGGAUUUUUGGAAUCAAUUGGUCGUUGUGUUAGGAUAGAUAGAUCACAUUCGCCAGCGGGCAAUAAAGCCGACUUCAUGCGACAUACAGAAGC